AUGGUGACAGCAUAUACAGAGGUGGCCAAAAGUCGCGCAACGCCUACCGUCUUGUAUGGCAUCUGUUCUUACACUAUAAUCGGUCCUUACUUUCACGACGGCACGAUAAAAGGUCCCAAAUACCUCGAAAUGCUUGAAGAAGUCAAGAUCAUACUCAACAACAACGAUAUCUUCCGUGAUAAGCGAAUUAUCUGGCAAAUUUUUUGCGCGAUUUUUGGCCACCUCUGUACAAGAGAUCUUAACAGCGGUAAUUGUUUAUUUCGUUUUAGCUUACAAUUACAUAAAUCCAAGUAUAACAUUGAACUAGCCGAUCCAAUAAAAACAUAAAAAUAACAUUUUUUUAGAAAAUUAAAUGUUACAAACAUUUAUUUAAGAUAUUUAAAUAAUUAAGAAAUAUAUUAAAAGUGAUAAAAUAAAUUUUACCUAAUAAAUUAAAUAAUUUGAAUUUUGCUAUUUUCGUGCAAAAAUACUAGAUUUACAAGAAAUUUUUAUUCAUACUUUUUUAUAUACGGUAAUUAAGGCUAUAAUAAAUGUUCUAUGCAUUUUUACCAAAAGGCCAAUAGUUUUGGGGUUAAAUCAGAAAACCCAUAAAACUACCCUCUUUGAUCAUUUUUCAUCCCUCUUGCAGCACGAAAAAGAGGUAAGUCAUCAUAACCAAAUUCAUCACAAAUCAUUUACUUAUAACCAUUAAAAAAUGGGAGGGUUCUGCAUAAAAAAAAAUUAUUUUUUUUCUUCUCCAAUAAGUAAGGACCACCUAGUAUAGGGGUAGGCAAUUACAGAGACUAUUUUAUUUCUUGUAAUAGGCCUUAUACUAAUAAACUGGCCUUGCCUAUAGUAAUAAUAAUAAUUAUAAUAGUUUUAUUUCCGUGGCAAUCCUUGAAUAAACAAAAAUAAAUAGAUAAGCAAUUAGAUAUUCAUACCAAAUAUACCUAAAAACCCCUACUUAACCUCAUAAGAGUUCAGUCCUCGGAAUCAGUUAAAAUUAAUUUUGAAAAAUAAAAUAAGUACACAGUUCACACUAUACUUUAUUGUAUUAAAGGCUAUGGUAUACUGAUUUAUAUUACAGCAUAUUAUGAUGAUUAUGGAUAAAAGAAAUAUACUUAAUAUUAAUAAAAGUAUUAGAUACCAGAUGAUCCAUUCAAGUGGAUACACUUAUUAUCUCGGAAAGUAUUAGCUUUUUUCGUUAUUUGUUUUCUAGAACAUUUAAGAAAUAAGCAACUCUACAAUUUUAUAAUUAUGCUAUUUUUUAUCACCCGUAUUUUUAGGGGUAAAACCAUUACCUACAUUUGAUUUUCAAAUAACAACCUAUAUUCUAUAGACCUAACUUCUAAGUCCAUAAAUAGAUGGAGUAAUAGUUAAAAUAAAUUUUAGCAUUGACAUUUUUGACUUCUGUCAAUUUGCUGAAGAGAUAUUUCACUUUUAAGUUGGAGGAGCGUAGGGGUGUAUCAUUUUUGUGGUAGGGUAGGUUGGUUCCAGUAAAGUGAAUGCUUUCCAUAAAAUUAUGUGCUAGUAUAUUUAUUUGAGAAUUCUACAAAACAAACAUGCUAUGCUGCAAAAAACUGAUUUCUGUUUUGUCCACUAACAGGUUUUGUGUUGAAGUAUAGUUUUAUAAGAUACAUUCUAUUUAAAAUAAAUAUCAUUUGACUGAAAACAUAUUUACCUAUAUAUGCACAACAAAUCACUAAUAACAUUUUAAAAUCUACCUAUAUUUUCCACUAAAGUUUUUUGUAUGAAAAAUUGUAUCAUGUUAAUUGUUAUUGAAUGUUUCUAUAUUAAACAAUUACAAAAUUGUACUCUUAUACAAAAUUGUAUAAGAGUAUGUAUAAGUUAAGUUUUUUUUUUUUUUUAAUGACAAAAAAAUGUACAUGGUUUUAGCAAAAUGUUUGGUUUCGUGUACAUAAUUUAUGUUAUAACUUAAGAGAAUGGUAACAUACCUUUAUUGUUUGUCUUACAAAUUAAUGCAUAGCAAAUUUGUGUUCACACAGGAACACUUUGUGUUAUUAGUUUUAGUGAAAGUUGAAUGAAUUAUUAUCAAACUUGAAGAUAAGAUGAGGUUUGAACAUAUGAAAUAUCACUAUUAAAAAAUGUUUUUAACUUGCUUGGAAAUUUAAUUAUUGGAAAAAGCUGACGUAGUAACAUAGAGAACUUUUUUACACUUUCUUUAAGUUUAAUAAUAGGUCAAUGCACUCUCAUAUUAAAACUAACAAGACAAAGUUGUCCCGUGUGAAUGCAAAAUUGCUAAGUUUUUAUGAGACAACAAAUGCAUAUGUAGCAGCCACUUAAUGGCGUGACUUAUAUUAAUUAAAUAUAUAAUUGUCAGUUUAAAAUUAUAUGAUAUAAUAAAAUGAAGCAAAUAUCCUUCAAAUUAUAAUUUAAAUGAUUAAAAUACGAUGAUUAUUGAUUACUUAUUACUGCAAUAUAUUUAUUGAAGAAUAAAAAAACAAUAGUUAUUUAAACUACUAAGUUUAGAAUGUCUGUCAAUGUUUCGAGGAACUAGGACCGAUGAAAAAUAAUUAAUUCUAAGAAAUAACAAAAUAUAAGAAAAUAAUAUACUAUCGCUUCUUUAUUGUUCGUCAAAAUUAUUUCACUAUACGAUUUUAGAUUAUUUCUUAUUUUAAAUUUCUACGCAUGUUGGACUUUGAACUGACAUUGAUUAUCGGCAUUACUUUUUUCAUUUCAACCAAAAUAAUUUAAUUGUUCAAUCGUGACACUACAUGCCCUCUAUUGAUACAUUUUACUAUUAAUUAACUAGUUUCCAUUAGGCAUGUCCAUUGAUGUGAGCCAUCAAUGUAUAUUUAAUUAUUGUCCCGCCUACAAUAAAUUGGGCCAGAAUGUUAUUGAAAUCACGCGACUAAAAUGACGAGCCUGUUGCGCCAUGUACGGUAUUUAACGGAACUUUUACCACGGUUAUAUGCAAACCAUGGCUAUAUAUAUAAUGCAGACCAUUAUGACGUGCUUUUCCGCGCGAAUUUACAUGUUUAAUACGAAUUGAAAAAUAGUAGUAUAUUUUGAUUUAAUCCUUUAAAAUGGUCAACGGCUAUGUGAAUUGUCCGCAUAAAGUUUCAAAAACCCCUUUCGGAUUCUCUAAAAAUGAAAAUACAAAUUUUAAAUGUGAAAAUGCAUUAAAAACUUUUCUUAAAAAAAGUUACAGUGCAUGCUUCAAAUUUUAAGGAGAGUGACAAAAAGUCUAUUUGGAAGUCUGUUAAAGGUGAAAGUAAAUACAGAGUAUGAGUAUAUUAUUUAAGUGUAUCUAUAUUAUUAUUUAUAUUAUUUAAUAUUUGAAAUUUAAUUUUAUAUACUUUUACCCUGGAUAGCUCGACGAUUCGGUUCGCGAAGUGGUGUGCCUUGAUUUUUACAGCGAUUUUUGUUUAGGUCUAAUAGUAAGGUCCAAACUUUUCUACUCUUUUAAAAUUAAUUUCUUCUACUGUUUUAAUCCGUUUUUCCCUGCGGGAUUUAGAGAGAGAGGAAAAGAGUUCAUCAGCUACAACGUUAUCAUUCUUUUCUUAGUACUCUUUGUAUAGAUCUUUACUAUUAACUUUUGUUUUUAGCAAAAUGUAAUUAAUGUAUUAACAACAUGUAGGUAUGACAAACACUGUAUAUUAUACAGAGUGAUUCACUAAGCAUGCUCACCCCGUUUUUUUGGUUAAAUUUUGAUUUGGAAUUUUUAAGUGUAAUUAAAACCAUUAUUUUUGAAUAUAGCUUUUUCACAACAUUUAGGGAGUAUCGUAUACGUAACCUAAUAUAUCAAUUAUGAACUAAGUAAAAAACUUGUAAUAAUAAACACGAAAUGUUUAUAAAUAGCUCAAAAUUCUCCAAAAUAUUUUAAACCUAUUAUCACGUCUAUAAUAGGCAAGUAUAAGUUUUCUGUCAAAAUUUAAAGUUUUUAUAUACAUUUUUAACUUUAUUACUAUAGAAAAAAUAAGAUUGAAAAUAAUGUAACUAUCAUUUCUAUAAAUUUUAUCGUUAUUUCUACGUUAUUUCCCCGGUUUUGUUCAAUUAUUAAUAAAAAUAUUAAAUCAUAAAACGACUUUCAUAUUCACUAACUAGAAUUUAGUUUUAUUUUUGAUCUAGUUACUUUAACAAAAACAAAAACGGUUUUUUGUCAUUUUUUGAUUAAAGUAAGUUUUUUUCUGAAAAUUUGAUUACAGAUAGAAAAAGAAAUCAAUAUUAUAGAAGCCAGGUGCCUCUGUCUUCUAAAAAAAAAAUCCAGCCUUGCCUAUACCAAAGAAGGGAUAUUUUUGGAGAUAACAUUGACCAUUUUCAACAAGUAAAUCGUUAGGUAGAUGUAGUAUAUCCAAUAAUAAAAAUAAUAAUAAUAAUGAAAUAUUUUAACGUAUUAUAAUAUUAUUGUUUUACUCGUUAGUCAGCGUCACGGUUAUUAUUAUUAUGUUAAAAUAUAAUAUCAUAGAUGCGUCUACUCAGCCAAAUGUGUUACGUGGUCGUUAGCCGUAAUAGGGGCAGCGCUACUGUCGCGAGCUGAUGCGUUUAUUUUAUAACAAUUAUAUAAAAGGAUUAUUAAAUUAUUAUUGUAAAAAUCACUCUUUUCCGGGACUUCGGGUGGAAAGCCCGAAGAUCGAGCCCAGACAGUUCAAAUAAAGUUGUGUUUUAUAUUUAGGGUGACUCGUUUGUGUUUAAUUUUCAAUUGUAAAAAGAUACCAAAUAAUUAUUAUUACAGCCUAAUGAAUUCCAUUCAAAAUAUUAACAUAUUUUAAUAUAUCCUAAAUACAUCGUAUAGUUGAUGUCUUUGCGGAAUACGCCAUUGGCCAAAGGCCAAUGUUAACCGGUUCUAUAUUGCGAUGUCCAUAUGAAUUUUGGUGUUUUCAUUUUCACUGGGGAGCCAAAAACGACGAGGGCAGCGAACACAGUGUGUUGGGAAUUCGGUACCCUAUUUAUUUCAAUCAAUAUUUUAUUUUACAAUCGUUUUAAAGUUUUUAGAAGUAAAAAAUAUAUUAAAUUCUAACAGGUUUCCUUUAGAAAUUCAUUUAGUGUUUACUAAUAUCAGCUGCAAAAACACGGAUGAAGCUCUUGACAGUGACGAUGGUCUACUUAUACUGGUAUACUUGUGCAAAGUAAGUUACCUAUUAAAAAAAUUACGCACAGACUAAUCUUCAUAUAAAAUUGACUGGGUAUCGUGAUUUUUACAGUUAAGACACGAUGAAAAUAUAAUAUUUAACGAUUUAAUAUUAAAUUUGAAAAAAAUAAGAAACCCGGGAAAGUCAACUAAAAUCAAUUCAUUUUCGUUGUCCAGUUUAUUUGACUGUAAAUUAAAAAAUUAUCUUAUGUAUUGGGGAUGUUCAAAUGAUAACGAACACACGAAACCAAUACUAUGGCUGAUCUCUCCAAAACUCGUUCCAAUCAACGAAUCGCAAGUUAAUACCUAUAAAAUAGUAUAGUAUACUUAUAAAAUAAUAUAACCUGUAUUUAUUCAUUGAGAACCAGUGAUAAACUACACAUUUAAAAUGUACGUGGUUUAUAAUAUACUGCCCCGAAUGUCUGAAGAAAUAUAUUUCUCGAAGUAUUUAGAGUUUUAAUUCAUCGAGAUGAUGUCAUUAAAUCAUUAACAAUAACGAUUUUUCUACUCCUAUUGGACAGAUAUCUCGCAUGCGUACUCUAGAAUGGGUCAAUGGAGGGAACGUCACUUCGAACUGUCGGUCAUCCGAACCAGCACACCGAUGCAAAUUGUUCAAUGUGUCGUCACAGGCCACAACGAAUGGCCUACUGAGGGAUUUAGAAGAUAUUGUUGGGAUUUCAGCGCCCAAAAGCCGUGACGGUUUCGUAUUUGCAUUUGCUUUGACGUCAGCCGAAGAUCCUAAGCCCGAAAGACCAACUUCACCCGCCGUCGAUAGUGUGAAAUCGAAAGGCGACGUUAUAAGGUAUUUCUGUUUAAUUUUAGACACUUCCAAAACACAAUAAAAAAACGAAAAUAAAUAUUGUGCCUAUUGUGUUUUAAUAAUGCCGGGAUAAUACAGGAGUUAUAAAAUGUAUAUUUUAUUAGGUCCAAUUCUAUCCGUCUACAUUGCAUCCGUUAUGCUUUUAUAUAUUUAUGUAUGUUAUUCUCAUUUUCUCUCAUUAUUAGUAGUACUAUUAUAAAUAUAAAAUAUAUUAUUUUAUAUUAUUAUAUGUGUAGUUUAAUAUGAUUCACUAAUUGCAGAAAGGGGACAUGUUCAGUUUCCAAUGAAAUUUAGUUAUUACCGGAUUUUUAUUUAUUUACUUUGAAUAGAAUUUAGGAAAUAUAACAAUUUUUCAAAACAAAUUAAGCCUCAUUAUGUUAUACUAUAAUAUAAUAUCAGUAGAGGAGUUUUUUUAUUAAAUAAGUAUAAUUUAUUUUGAUUAUUACGUUUUUAUUAUUAAAUCUAAAUACUAUAAAAUAAAAGUAUUAUAUUAUAUUUUGUCACAUGUAAUUUAAAUUAGAAAAUAUACAUAAAUUAAUAAUUUAAAUGUUUUCGUCAUCGUCGGAAUCUGAAGUAGUAUCACCUGUUAUUGUUAAUGUGUGCUCUCCUGUUUCAGCGUCCAAAAUUUCGUCAGACAGAUGAUCAACUCUCCAGAAUUUGUCCUCUUCUUUUAUUGCGUGGCCAACAAAAUUUGUCCACAUUUCGCUCGUUACUUUUUCCACAGCAUCUUUUAAUAAGUUAUGCCCAUCUUGUAGUUUAAAUGUCUUAUUGUUCAUACGUACAUAAUUUUUUAUCCAGGCCCAAGCAAGCUUUAUAGGGUUCAGCUCACAGUGGUAGGGAGGCAACCGUNAAAGCUCAGAUUUAACCAACGAUGGCUGAAUUAUUUCACCUUCUUUUUCUAACCAAUCUAUAAUUUUUUGUUUUGUCCAAGACAUGGUUGGAAAUGAAUAUUUUUUUACCGAAUGGUAUGAAGCAUUAUCCAUCACUAUUACGGCGUUGUUUUUUUAGAGAUGGUAGGAUUUUGGUGAACCAGUCGUAAAACGUGUCCCCAUUCAUCUCAUCGUGAUAGUCAAGCGUGUUUUUCUUUGACUCAAAAGAUAAAACACCGCCAGGGACGAACCCAUCAGAAGACUUGAUGUGUAACACAAUUAAUCGUUUCCCCUUCCCUGAAGGUUCUUUUUGCCCAGUAGUGAGUCCUCGAAGGAAUGCGUCUCUGGGCGAAUAUAUUGUUGUGUUGACCCAUGCCUUUGUGUUUGUUUCACCUGCAUUGACCCAGGAUUCGUCAAGAUAGUAUAUUGGUCUACCACUUAGCCUAUAAUGUUUUAUAGAUUGCAAAUAUUUACGACGCCAACACACGAUAUCGUUUCGUUCAAUAAGUGCACUAUUACGAUUUUUUUUCAAAUAUUCAAAAUUUAGAUGUUUUAAAAUUCUGCGUAAGGACGUCUUCGAAAAAUUUGGCAAAUUCUCAUCGUCAUUUACAGCCACUAACAUUUUAUUCAAAGUAGGUAUUUCUCGAUUAAACCAAAACUAUCCUUUAAAAUUAUAUUAUUAUAGUUAUUAUAAAAACUUUCGGCCUAAUGGCGUUUUGGUCAAAAUCGUCGGUUUUGUCUAUCACUGUCUUCCUAUUUUUUUUUUUUUAUUUGGCGAUGAAACUGUACCUUUACUUUUGUAUUCUGCUAGCGUACGUUCCACUGUUUUUUGUCCAAGACCACUCGUCUUUGAAAUUGUUUUGACGAUGUCCUUAUAUUUCAUUUUUUGACUAGCUUCUAUAUUCUCUUGCUCCAACAUUAAAUUUUUGUAGAAAUUGACAAUAGUUUCUUUUUGUNAAAACUAUGGACUUUCAGCCUAAUGGCGUUUUGGUCAAAAUCGUCGGUUUUAUCUAUCACUGUCAUCCCAUUUUUUUUUUUUAUUUGGCGAUGAAACUGUACCUUUACUUUUGUAUUCUGCUAGCGUACGUUCCACUGUUUUUUGUCCAAGACCACUCGUCUUUGAAAUUGUUUUGACGAUGUCCUUAUAUUUCAUUUUUUGACUAGCUUCUAUAUUCUCUUGCUCCAACAUUAAAUUUUUGUAGAAAUUGACAAUAGUUUCUUUUUGUCGAGUACCAACGAACUUAAAAAAAAAAAAUACGAAGAAUUAGCAAUAUAUUUGGCAUUUAGCAUAGAACAAAAAAAUGUUAGUAUAGUAUUAUUUAUUAUAAAUAUUUACUUUUCCAGAAGGAUUCCUUUUGACAGGUGAAAUAUUGGCCAUUAUAAAUAGUUAAAUAACACGUCUUAAUGUCUAUUUAAAAUGAAAAAAAAAAUCGCAAUUUCAAAACCGUAUUAGAUACACGUAACACGUUAAACCGCACUGAAAAACAAUCAUGUAAUAACAAUAAAUAAGAUGACACCAGUAACUGCUCUGUAUAUUACAACCACGUCGUUCGACAACGGUACGACAGCGAUCGACACAUACCGACGGUAGGCAACCUUGACAGAAAUGUGGUGGGAAUGCGCUGAAAUGAACACGUUUUGGUCGCCGCCUAGUCGCACUCUCUCGUGGCACGGAGUAUAGUAGCAGACUUUUCUGAAAAAUUGUCAGUAAACUGAAGAAGAAAACAACAAAAAAUGACCCUCGUCGAUACCUGAAAUUGAAGUGGUCUGGACUAAGAUAAAAGGUACUAUAACUGAAGCUGCAAGUAUCCUACAUGUGGAAAGUCGAAAACCAAAAAAAAAUUUGUUUGAUAAAGCUUAUGAAGAUGCAAUAAGAAACCGAAAUGCCUGUAGAUUACAAAUGCUACAAGAUAAUAGGGAGGAAAACAUACAAGCGUAUAAAAAAGUUAGAAACUUGGCAAAUAGUAUAAUACAGCGCCAAAAAAAAGAAAGCGAGGACAUUGAAAAUUAUAAAACAAAUCCUAGACUAUUUUACAAGCAUUGUAAAUCCGUCAAAGAAGGGUACAAAACAAGAAACUGUAUUAUGUCUGACGAUGCUGGGAACUCAGUUACUAUAACACAGGCCAUUACUAAUCUCUUCGAAGUACACUUCGAAUAACUGUUGAACACCACACAAAUAGUGAGCAUAAGCGACAAGUACGAACGAAUAAUAUAUGACACGGUGCAACCAGAGUUGCUGGAGCCAAACCUGGACGAAAUCAAGAUGGUUAUCAACUCUCUCAGGAAAAACAAAGUGCCUGGAAAAAACAACAUUAGCUCUGAACUUCUAAAGCUAACAGGGCCACACUUUGCAAUACAAAUACAGAAACUAAUUAGAAGCAUAUGGGUUAAUAAACAGAUUCCAAAAGAUUGGAAUACGGCAAUUCUUUAUCCAAUCUUUAAAAAGUGAAAUACAGCUAAAGUAGAAAACUACCGAGGCAUCUCACUAUUGGAAACUAUCUAUAAAGUACUUUCUCUUAUGAUCUUAAAACGAUUAGAGGCAUACACAAAAGACAUUAUUGGAGAAUACCAAUGUGGGUUCACAAGAGAAAAUUUAACAACAAUAGAUCUUUUAUUAAACUCAUCACCAGUCCGGACUACUAUUCCAAAUUUUUCCAAACAUCAAAAGGAAAGUAGUUUACAUUUAACUAUUAAGAUCCUCUUCCUUUUUUUAUUUUUAAACAUUGUCACAUAUUAUUUUAUUCUUAUUCCUAUUUUAAUUUUUGUGUUAUAGCACUAAUAUUAUUAUCACUACUUAUACCUCAUUUCUGUAUCUUUACUUAUUACGUUUAUUACCAAAUUGCCUUAUAUUUUUACUGUUUUAUUUUGGUGUUCUUACAUAAUAUAUCCAUGAUUCGCAGAUCCAUUGACAGGCUAUUAAGUGAUUUAAGUGUGGAGGAUUCUCCGAGGGACUUGGCAGACGAUGUUGGACUUCUGAUACCCACGCUGACGAACGAAGACUUUAGUAACGUUACUAAAAAAGAAUAUUUUACCGCUUGUAAUCGGCCAACCAUAACGAAAACCCACAGAGAGGGCGUCCGAAUGAAUUCUACAGCUCUAAGGAGAGAAACGCACAUAAAGAAUAGAAUGCAAAAAUUAAACACAAACACAAAAUAA